CCACCCCCUAAUCCUCCCCUCCAGCCUCCCGGCUCCAGCCCCCCACCCCUGCGGCACCUGCCCAUCCCCCCGAACCCCACAGCUGCUCCCCAAUGGCCUUCCAGGGCCCCAACCCCGCCCUCCAGACCCAGCUGUGUAGCAAUGUUCUGGGGGCACUGACAGGGCUGAUCCAGCCCCCCCUGGCAGCUGGGCUGGGGGCGCCCCAGAAAUUUUACUGCCCCGCUGGGGUGCAGGGGGGGUCGCCCCAACAGCAGCAUCAGCCGGCGCUGGCCCAGACCCCGCCGGCCCCGGCCCGAAUGACGGGGGAACCCGAACCGGAUCGGCCCAUCGGCUACGGCGCCUUCGGAGUCGUGUGGUCGGUCACGGACCCCCGGGACGGGAAGCGGGUCGCCCUGAAGAAGAUGCCGAAUGUUUUCCAGAAUCUCGUCUCCUGCAAACGGGUGUUUCGGGAACUCAAGAUGCUCUGUUCCUUCAAACAUGAGAACGUGCUGUCAGCGCUGGAUAUCCUGCAGCCCCCCCAGAUCGACUGCUUUGAGGAGAUCUACGUGCUCACGGAGCUGAUGCAGAGCGACCUGCACAAGGUGAUCGUGUCCCCCCAGCCGCUGAGCGCCGAGCACAUCAAGGUCUUCCUCUACCAGAUCCUGCGCGGUCUGAAAUAUUUGCACUCGGCCGGCGUUCUCCAUCGGGACAUCAAGCCAGGGAACCUGCUGGUGAACAGCAACUGCGUCCUCAAGAUCUGCGACUUCGGGCUGGCGCGGCUGGAGGAGCCGGACGAGGGGCAGCCCAUGACGCAGGAGGUGGUGACCCAGUACUACCGGGCCCCCGAGAUCCUCAUGGGCACCCCCCACUACGGAGCCCCCGUCGACCUCUGGGCCGUCGGCUGCAUCUUCGCCGAGCUGCUGAGCCGGCGGGUUCUCUUCCAGGCCCCCAGCCCCAUCCAGCAGCUGGACCUGAUCACCGACCUACUCGGCACCCCCCCUUCCCACGCCCUGCGCUCGGCCUGCGAGGGGGCCCGGGCCCACGUGCUGCGGGGCGCCCACAAACCGCCCGCGCUGUCCGUGCUGCACCUGCUGUCGGGGGAGGCGACCCACGAGGCCGUUCACCUGCUCUGCCGUCUGCUGGUCUUCGACCCCGCCCGGCGGAUCUCGGCGCGGGAGGCUCUGGCCCACCCGUACCUGCAGGAGGGGCGACUCCGCUUCCACACGACCAUCUGCCGCUGCUGCCCCCGCCUGGCCUCGGGGCGCGUCUACGCCCCCGACUUGGAGCCCCCCGCGGCCCCCCGCUUCGACGACGCCGACGAGCGGGCCCUGCACUCCGUCUGGCAGGCCAAAGAGCUGGUUCACAGCUUCAUCCUGGAUCAGCAGAAGGGGACACGGGUCCCACUGUGCAUCAACCCCAACUCGGCCGCCUUCAAAACCUUCAUCCGGUCGACGGCCUGGCAUUCGUCGAAAGUUUCAAGAAGGACGAGAGAUGAAGGCGGCUGGCAGCAGAUUUGGGGUUCAGGGGUGGCCAGACGGAAAGAGAAAGGGGGGACGGAGCCAGCCGGCCGCGGCGGGACACACCCCGAAUUGCCUGCUGAACUGGUGGGGAAAAGACCAAGGGUCCUGGAGCUGAAAUCAAAGGGACCCCUCGAGUCCGUGCCGCAACACAGCCGCCCCAGCCCCCCCGAACCUCCCUGCACCCCCCAAACCCCCUGAGUCUGCACUGGGAAUACGGCCACCCCCUGAGCCCCCUAAACCCCCUGAGUUUGCACUGGAAAAAUGAACCCCACUGCACCCCCAAAUUCCUUUGAGCCUGCACUGGAAAUGAGACUCCCCGUCUCUUGCCUCAGCAACCCCAAAUUCCCCUGUCUCUGCACUGGAAAGCUGAGCCCCCCAAACCACCCCACAGCACCCCCAAAGUCCUCGUAGUUUGCACUGUCAAUGCCCCCACCCCCGAACCUGCCCUGCGCUCCUCAUUUCCCCUGCGUCUGCUCAGGAAACGACACCCCCCCCGACCCCCCAAAACUUCGCCCAAGCACCCCUGAAUCUCUCUGAGUCUGCACUAGAAACAAACCUACCUUGAGCCCCAAAUCCCUCCCACGCCCCACCCCCCAAGCUCCCCUGAGGCUGCACUGGAGCCAGGAACCCCCAAAACCAGCCCUUCCCCCCCAAAUUCCCAAGGCUGCACUGUGAAUACAGCCCCCCUCCUGUCCCCUUAAUGUGCCCCAACUUCUCAGCCCUGCGCCCCCUCUUUCCCCAGCCCCACCCCAGCAACCCCCGGGGCCCCAUUUCAGCCCCCAACCACUGACCUCCCCCCAGGAGUUCUCCCCCCCAACCAGCCAGCGCCCCCCAGCGCCCCCCACUGGGAGAGGCUGGGAAUUUGUAUGAAUUCACGGCUCCCAAAAUCCCCCCCGUGCUGUGGCUGUUUCCGGCCCGGGUUUAAUUUCGGGUUUCGGCGGCUCUGGGCUGCGGCUUCGCCCCGAUUCUCCCCGCUGGUUUUUCGUUGCAAAGGGGGCGACCGAAAAGACCCUGGAAACUUGGGCCGCUCGGGCGCGGGGUUGGGGGUUUCGUAACUGAAUCGAACCUGCCGGCUCGGCAUUAAAUUCUGCUGGCGCGUU